AUGACCCCGGGACCCUGGAGCUGUCCCCCCAUCUUCAGUACGGGCUCCGAGCAGGCCUGCGGACAGGGGCCCCUGGACAGCGCCCACAGGGGGGCCCCCAGAGCCCGCUGCUCGUGUGCCGCCUCUCUCCACCAGCCUCAGGGGCGGGGCUGUUGUGUGGCUUUUACCAGCUGCGCGGGGCUCCGCGAGGCCCCGCGGACACCGACACCGGCCCACACGCAGAGAGCCCCCACGGCAGGGGACGCCCCUCCCGAAUUCAUGGGCCCGCAGGGAAAAGCAAUGUCGCUGACAAACAAAACGCACUGUGAUGGCAGCGGGAAACGGGCCCGGAGCUGUCCGUCAAGCCAGGGGCGGCAGAGCCGGGUCGUCCAGGGGGGGGCAGUGCUCUUCCAGCAAUGGGCUGCUCAGCCCCCCCCCCCCGCGCCCAGCAGCCCCCCUCCCUUCUCUCCCCCUCCUCCUAAUCCCUCCUCCCCCGGGUCUCCAUGGCGACUGCCCAGACAAGCAGGUGAUCCAUUGACAGGGAGCAGAUGGUGUCCCGUGGAGUCGGCACACACAACACAACACAACGGCGAGAGGGAUGGGAGAGGAUGUCGCUCUGGUUAUCUCGCUCCUUCAGCCUGGUGCCCGAGCAGCACCACACAAUGCCAGGGGUGGAAUGCCACUAGUUCUGUGUGAUUAUCUGCAAUAAGUGGGAAACACACUGCCCACAGGUUCAAUGGAGUCCAAAACAAUCCGAGGAGGCCCCUGUGUUUUACUUUUCUCUGGAAUGAAACUGAAAAUGCCUAUUGUGCUGCAUGAGUCCUGGCUUGUCCGUGAAAAAAAAUCAUCUCCGCUCAGAGCAGUCUAUGCGUUUCAGAAGGUGCAUCCAUUUUUACAGAAGAGUAAAAUUCUCCAUUCUGAAAAUCGAGGCAGGCAAGUGUGAAUUUGUCUGUUUGACCUUGUGUUUGAUGUCUCACUUCUCACUCUGCCUCACACUCCAGAGAGCUUUGGCUCAGCCUCCAGUUCCUUCAGAGCAAUUACUUCUGCCUCGGACCAUUUGUGUUUUUGCUUUUAAUUAUUCCGUUAUUUUAGUUAAUUUGCAUUGUCCUGAAAGCCAGGUGGGCACAUUUCAUGUAGCUGUUGUGAGCCAAAGUUUUCGAAGUGUUUUUUUUCCCCUGAAGAGAAUAUGAUCUUUGUAUGAGCAAUUAAAAACUUGGGAUCCCGCAUCAAAAGAUAAUGUUGUCUUUUAAAAACAGUUAAUGACAUUUGUGAUGGUUCUUAUGAUCAGAUUAAAAACAUCUUUAUG